UAUCGCCUAUAUGUCUGUGUCAAUUAUAUAUAUAUUUCCAGUCCAUCUUGUACUGCGACUAAAUUGGUUUGCACCUCUUAUCGGUUGAUGUCACAUCAGGUAUUAUUUGGUCGCAUCCUUUAUACAGCUGUACAGAUCAGACAGUGACAACAACUGACGCACUCUAGCUUGGACUGUCUCAAACCAAAAUGGGAAGCAGUUCAUCCAAAAGUAGUCGUAGCAGUGGACCCUCCUAUUCCACUGAUGUUGUGCUGUACGAUCAAGCUGCUGCAAGGCAAGCGAGGUACCACAGCAAGUCAGAUUUCACCUCUGCUACAGCCCUGAAGGAUCACCUCAAUCCAGGAGAUCUGAUUCAACAAAAAGGCGACACCAUCAAAGAAUGGUUUUACAGUCACUGGGCUGUUUACAUAGGAAAUGGUGAGAUCGUGCACGUGACGGGGGUUGAUGGAAGCUCUUCCAAAGCUGAUAUAAUACGAGAAAACAUGAUUCUUGCUUUUUGGGAUAAGAAUGUGAGAAAGAACAAUCACAUGGAUGACUCCUUUCUUCCUAGAGGUACGAGAGAAAUCGUACAAACAGCGAGGAGAAAGGUCGGCACCACUUGGCGAUACAACCUAAUUUUCAAGAAUUGUGAGCAUUUCGCCUCUCUCUGUCGGUACGGUAGAGAAAUCAGCCUCCAGUCUUUCGGACUUUCCGAUGUCAAAUCGGGGAAUAUCACAUUUAAGGAAUAUCUUUGGUACCACGGGAAGGCCUUGAAAGAAAAAUGUUCAACGUUCUGUAGUUGGAUCAAAAGAAAAGUUUCCAGGUUCUUGCCGGCUAUUGGUAUUGGCUCCUAUGAUGCAAUCGGCUAUUAAAAGUAGUUUUAGUUGAAUGUUCCCAUGACGCAUGCUAAACAUGCUGAGGUAAAAUAUCUGCUACUUCAAAUGUAUACGCAAAAAUAAAAUGAGUGUGUUGCACAGUUCCUGGAAAGCAAAAAAAUACAUUCCUUGAAAUUAAAAGGUUUUCUUAGCUGUUAAACAUUACUAUUACACUCGAUAUCAAUAUAUUUAUGUUAAAUUAAUUCGCACAAAGAAAGCGGAAGAUGGAUGAAAAAUACUAAAACCAGAAAUAUUAACAUGAAAGGACUUCAAGUUCCUACGUAUAACGUUAAGCUUCAGUUGACUAUUCCUAUUAUUUCAAUCUUUAAAAAAGGUGACUGCUAAAUCCCUUUCGCUUGAUGUAUCUUUGUUUGAAUCAGUCUGAUUUUAGGUUCAUCUGUACUUGUUUCUUUUUUCUUUUAAAAAUGUACGUGUCCUUUACUAAUGUAGUGAAUGCAUUAUAAAAGCUACAAGCAUAUGUUAGAUUAUAACCUGUUAUUUUUAGUGUUAAAUCCCUUUUCACUUGAUGAAUCUUUGUUAGAAUCAGUCUGAUGUUAGAGUCCUCUGUCUGCAUUUGUUUCGCUUUCUUUAAAAAUGUAAAUGUACUUUACAAAUAUAGUGAAAACAUUAUAAAAGCUACAAGCAUAUGGUGUAGCGGUUUAGUGACUUUUGCCUUGUAAUCAGAUGAUCGAGUGUUCGAAUCCUACCAUGACCUAGCGUCCUUUGGCAAGGCGUCAAUCCACGAUUUGCCACUCUCACCCAGGCGCUUUCAACGGUCAAUGUGGUUGUUAAUUCUUAGUUUCCUUCAUUAUUUUUUUAUUUUUACUUACUAUGCCAAUGAUACGUGCAUGCAUCUUAAUUUAUAUUUCACAAUUAUUGUAUUGUCUACAGGAUAGUUUUCCCAUUUCAACAAUUAAAAUAGUGAAUACAGUACCAGUAUAUCUUUUGAAUCACUAUUGCCUGUUUCGGCCGGAUUCUAUUGUUCUCUGGAUGACGCAGGUAGUAGUGAGUCUAGGAAUUGUGACUGGUAGUGUAUGUUAUCUUUGAACAAUUUUGUAUUAGUAAUAACUCUGAUUUUAAAUGUUAUUGAACUCACUCAUUAUAGAACCAAAUGUUACUUUUUUAUCUAUUAUGUAUAUAUUGUUAUUUUUAUAAUGAUAAAAAGAUAUUUUAACAAAUAAAUAAAUAAAUAAA